AUGGUAGAUCCUUCAGAUGAAAAAACCGUUCCCAACAUCGAACCCGUUCCCUGGAUCGUCCAACCCCCAAGCAAGACCGCUAUCUGUCACGUCGACUACCCCUUGGGAGAUACAGCGGAGCUCUAUGUCGUCCCGAUCACUGUCAGCAGACAGAACAAGACCGAACAGUCAAACCCCAUCAUAAGCCAGAAACUGCGACGCAAGGCCAUUACUGAGUACCUCACGCUGCAUAACCUCCACGACCGCUGUGCACUUCAACUGUGGGCCCUAAAGAACGUCGACACACAAGGAAACACCGAUGGGGUAGUCUGGCCUAUCGACGAGCUCGUAUUUUUCGCAUCCGACCAAGUUCGUGUGGAAAGUCUCCCGGACGAGGCGAAGCAAGGCACUAUCCUGAAGAACACACUCGCGACAAUCAAGGCAUCCGAUGGUACAUCACGAAAAGAGGCUAUCCAUUGCGAACUCGACUUUGCCCAGGGGAAGAAACUAUCAGCAGAAGGCACCGACUGCACAGAAUACUGGAGAAAGAUAGAGCUCCUCGUGCGCAAGUUUGGCCCCACCAUGUCUACCAAGGCUGUGACAUCUGUCAAGUCGGGAGCUCUACUUCAAGAGACCAUCGAGAAAGAAAACCAGAAGGAAGAUACCCAUGUCCGAUUCCGAAACUACCAGACCACCGUCAACGGAGCUGAACACCUUAAGGUCUUAUUUCGCACAACAUUGAAGCUCGAUCCUGACCAUCGAAAGCUUCACGCCGAGGUCGAUCUUGUUCCUGGUAUCAACGGUGGCGUGGGUCUUUCUGAUCUGAUCGCCAGCACCUUUGGGUCUGGCCCACUGGAUAUGAGCGACGCUCGACUCUCGCGAAACGUUAAAGCGAUGCUGGUCGGUCUUGCAGUUGCCCGCAUAUACGAACCGUCACCUCAGCCCGCUCUCGAGCCAUCGGUAUCAGCAACUGGUUUAUUACACGGUAUCGGAAAUAUGGCAAACAGUCCCCGUAGUAACAGCGGGCGUACUCCUUUGGGGUUAUUGUCGACAUCCCAAGAGAACUCACGUGCAAAUAAAGUCGGGUCGGGAAGCAGCAGCACCGCUGUAACCUCUACUUCAAGCUUCCCAGAAUCCGUGAUCUUGAACCUAAAGCCGGCGUCUCAAGUUCCGGCCUUCUGGAAAGACGACGAGAAACAGACAGUCGUACAGUAUCUCUUAAAGACAUAUCCUGACCUGAAGGAAACAAAGCUCCUCGGACUGCCGCUAGCAAACAUCGGAAAGGAUACCUGGGUGCCGCUCGAAUUCCUCAAAACAGCCGGACAGGCAGCUUCGAUACAGCAGGUUCCAUCUUCAGGCCACUUGACGGCUUCGCUCCAGGACCUAGGAGCGAAUUAUGACUUGGCUGGAAAUGGGAAGCGGUUGCUCGACUUCCUCAACGGUGAAAUGAGGGACAUGCGCAAGCGCCACGAGGCAAGUCGAUAUUUGCGUGUUGUCACUGGUAUGGAGCUAAUCGUAUCCAAGAACAGUACAGAGGCUGAGACGCUCAAGCUCUCCUCGAACGACACAGAACGCAUGGGUCGCACCUCUCUGGAGGGAGCUGGAGUCGGCGCCACGAUUAGGUGCGGUAUUAUCUACGUUAGACCCAGUGCUAUGCGCUCCACAGACUUUGACAGCUUCGCGAAAUCGCUUGUCACGCGACUGGAAAGCCACGCAAGACUAGACCGAGACCAGCGCAUCCUCGAUAUUGAGUCACUGGACACGAGCCCUAUCGCUUCAAUUCCCGACAUCAAACCACUUCUUCUGCUGCCUGGGGACACUACCGAGGAAGUCAAAGCGUUCUACGACAGCAAAGUUGACACAAUCAUCGCCGUGGUAGAUGAGCGGGGUCGGAGUAAGCAAGAGAUCCAGUACGUCCGGGCAGAGCUACAAAAGUUCGGCAACAGGAAGCUUGGCGCAGUCGUACUCUGUGUCAGUAGAAAGGACCUGGAGCCCCGAACCAACAAGACAACCGGACUCCUUACUCAUCUUCCCACAGGUAUUCUCCAACAGCUGAACGCCCUGCAUGGCAACCUCAAUUUCGCCGCCAAAAACCCGCCUAGUUUAGACCCGGUCAACAAGCAACUGAUGAUUAUAGGAGCUCACAUUUCACACGCUGGAUCCGGUGCGGCCGCUAGCUGCCCCUCGGUUGCGGCUCUUGUUGGUAGUGUUGACGAAGCACUGAUGCGCUACACCGGUAGUGCGCGACUACAGGCUACAUUGAAAGCUACUUUCUGGAAACCAAACUGGAAGCCCUCCAAAUUGAAGCACGAAGUCGAAUCACGGAUUGUCGACCUUGAGAGCAUGAUGCUCGAACGUAUCGAGGCUUGGAUCGCGAAGCAGGGACGCACGCACGCGCCACACAUCGUCUUUUACCGCCAUGGCCUACAGUCCAACCACGAAAACACCGUGAUGGAGGAAACCGCUGCAAUCAGUCGUGCCUGCAAGGGUUCCACUUGGGAAGAUGGUAACGCUGCCACCUUCGACUAUGUACUGGUCAACAAGAACGCGCACGUUUUCUCGCCCUACCGUAACGUUUCCAGCGAAGAAUCCUCCAAGGAGGCUGCGUAUGAGUUCAACAUCGCCGACAGUGCCGGACAAGUUGGACACAAGUACCAGUACUAUGUCCGGGAUCCACCCAGCAACAUGCUCACUGGCGAUCAAUUCAAGACCCUCACACGCCAUCUAAACUCGAGCUUUCAGCAGAAGUAUGCCAAGAUUGCUAUCGCACUUCCGGUCCAUUACGCCCAGAAGCUCGCUAAGCGAAUGUACGACUACUUCCUUUUCGCUACUACAAACCGGUACGACCAGCUUUCGAGCGUCCAGCGACGAUUGAAAUUCUCCGACGAAAAGACAUUCCAAAGCGAUCAACAGAUGGCGGAUAUGAUGAACGAGUAUCUGCUUGGUUACGGCGUAGUGAAAGCGCGCGAAGAACCACAGCCAGAUCGAAAGAACCCUUGGAUGCCACAGCUUGACGACAAGAUGUUCUACCUCUAG